GUAGCUAAAAGCAGUGUAGCUCACAUAUAGCCAACGCGCAAGGCGCUGGCAAGGCAAGGUCUCGCAGUAGGCGAACGUUCAGAAUGUGGUUCGCCAUUGUAGUCACUGUAUUGGCGGCAGCUGGAAAUAAUAUCGGGAAGGUGCUUCAAAAGCAGGCAACCAGGACCUUGCCCCGGCUGGUGCUAAAUCGACAGACGCUUCUGCUAUACCUGAGGUCGGCGCUAUGGGUGACCGGCAUGCUGGUGGACCUGGGCGGGGCGCUGCUCAUGAUAGUCGCGUUCGCCAACGCCCCGGUGUCCAUAGUGCAGCCGGUGUCGGCGGUGGGCCUCGUGAUUCUGCUCAUCUUCUCGCACUUCUAUCUAAAGGAACGGCUGCAGUGGCAUGAAUGGCUGGCGGCGUGUGUGGCGUUCGUGGGCGUGCUGGGUCUGGGCGCCAGCGCUGAGCCCAGCCACAUGGACCACCCCGAUAUCAGCGCAUGGCGGGUGCUGGGGGCCUUCAGCGGGCUGGUGGCGCUUCUAGGUCUGGAAUGCUGGUGGCGGCACACUCACACUGGACUUGGCAGUGGCCAUAGCGGGGCGGCGCACCACCACCAUCACCACCAGCCGGCGGUAGGUGUUAACGGCGGUAAGCCACCGCCGAGAGUGUCGUCAGCGAACUCGCACCUACAUCAGGCGCCCCCCGGCAGCAGUGCGGCGGCUGCCGCUGCUGCUGCGGCGGCCGCGGCGGACGCAGUGUUAUGCGGUCUCGAGGCGGGAGCAUGCUUUGGCUUCUCGGCUGCGGCGUGUCGAACUGGCUUCAUCCUAGCGGCCAAGCUAUCGAUGGUUUGGGUACCGCUGGGUCUGGCGGCCAGUGUAGCGCUCACCAGCAGCGGCUUCCUGCUGCAGACGAGGGGUCUCAAGGCCGGCAACACGGUGAUUGUGUGCGUGGCCGCCGCCACGUCGUCCAUGAUUACGGGCGUGGCGGCGGGCAUGUUGGCGCUGGACGAAAAGCUGCCCAGCGGGCAUGGUAUGAAGCUGGUGCGCCUGACCUCCUGGCUGUUCAUCUUGCUGGGCGUGUCCUGCCUGGCGGGCGGCACCGAGGCGCUGGCGGCCACUGCCCGCGCCUUCGCCUCCUGCUUGCCGCCCUGGGCAUGGCGGCUGCUGCCGCGGCCAGUGGCGGUGACGGUGCAUAAGCUGCAGAAGCAGCGCACGCAGCAGCAACACCAGCAGGGCAUGGGUAGUGAAGAGGAUGACGAGGGGUUGGAGGAUCUGGUUUAGCCGCACGCCUAGGUUACAAGAAGGGCCAAAGGAAGGGGUGUUUGACAAGGGAAUACGGUACCUUAGGACCAGUGCCAAGCGCCCUGCCGUAGGUAUGGGAUGAUGGAAGCUGCUAGAAAGCACGGCAACCUGUGCGGGCAUUGAGGGAAGUGACAAGGCAGGCCAAUGUAGGUUAUCAGGGCACCCCUGUAGGUUAUCGAUGUGCGUUGCUCGUGAUGGAACAUGGCAAGGGGCAGGAAAGCGUAGUCCUGUAGGUUAUCGAUGUGCGUUGCGGAACUAAUGCGUAGGUGCAAUGGGAGAGGGUAAGGACCAGGUUGGCGUAGUCCCGUAGUGUGCUGUUUAUUCCCAGACCCCAACAUUCAAUUUGCAACGUCAAGGCAAGAUGGCGCGGCUGGUAUAACGCUGGUGUUACUGUACCGAGACAUUGCUGACUUGCUGGCAGGGCAACAGGCCAACAUAGGUGCUGUACCGGUCGUAUGUAAGGGCACAUCCCU